AUGAGUGAAGAGGAUAGUGAUGAAUUUGAAUCUUUCAGUUCUGUAGAAGAAGAAAUACCUCAAGAAAACCCUGAAACUGAGUAUUUUUUAAACAGAAUGCUAAAGCAUGAACUAGUGCGAGCUCAAGAAGAUUUCCUUCGUCAGCUGAAUAUAUAAAUCUUAAUUAACCUAUAUACGUUUAACGCCCACUACCAGGUUGCUCGACCUCAGCUACUUUCAACACCAAUCUGGGGCGAAUUUCGAACCAUUUUUCUCGGGGCCUACCAAAGGUGUGGCCACCUCCGACUUUUAUCACCAAAGAAGGCGCCAGUCUUGAAGUUAGGGCUUCGACUACUCUCCUGAGCUCAGGCACUUACUUGGGUCCGAAACGGCACCCUAAAGGUCCCAGUCUCCACCUCCUGGGAUAAGUGGUGCCCGUCUGGAAAAUUCUAUUCCCUAAGAUCAGGAGUCCAUUAGGAAAAACCACCAGACUCUUUCUUGUCUGACACAGCUGGGAUAAUUUCACACCAAGAGAAACCAAGCCCCAUAAUUAAAAUAUAUAAGAGAUGAAUUUUCGGUCAGAAGACCAGAAAAUUCGAGCGACACCAUAUUUUAAUUAUCCGCUGAAUAUAAUUAGCAAUCAAGAACAAACAAUUUCUGAAUUAAACAGUGAAAAACAAUCAUACUCUUUAAAGAUUUCUUUCUUAAAGAAAAUGAACUCAAAAUUAUACUAUUUUUACUAAAAUCCAAAAAAAAUUUAAAAAUAAAAACUUCGCUUUAUUUAUUCAAAAAUACAUAAAAAAGCAUCUUUCUGAGAUGGAAAAAUUUGCAAUGUCAAAACAAGACCUUCAAUCCCCAGCACCAGUUUCAAAGCUAAAAUCGUUAGCAAUCAUAGAUAGAAUCUACAACUCACAAAGGUUGUUUAUUUUAAGAAAUUUUAUUGGAAAAUGGUAUAGUAAAGUUGAAGAACUUAUAGACUUAAGUGAAGAGGAAGAUAUCGUAGAAAUCCCGAAAAUAAAUAUACAAACUAUAUUAAAUAAAAUUUUUAUUAAAAAUAGUAGGGUUAUUAUAUUAUCAAAAUAUGGGCUAAAAAUCCAGUUAAAAAAUAUUUAAUUUUCAUAUAGAGAAUAUUACAAAAGAUAUAAGAAAAACCAUAUCCCAGUCUAUUUCAAAACAAUUUGGGUCUAUGUAUCAAGGAGACCAAGAAGAGGAUUCUGAAGGAAGCGAUGAAAGCCUUGAUGAAAUUCCUGAUGAGUAUGAAGAAGUCAAAGAAAUGUACGCCAAUGCGCAUCAGGAGCUGGUAAAACAUGUAGUUGAUGCACAUAAAACUUUAGUUAAAGAAUGCUCAGUAAGGCUUUUGGCUAGGACAAUGGUAAAUGCAGUUAUGUUCUCUAAGCAUAUGGCAGUAGAAAGUUUGAAAGCGAUGAGAGAUAAUAAAUGCAAACAUUGUAAAGGUGAGUAUAAUGGAGAUAAAAAAGAUUGCUCAGAAAGCGCUGAUGGAAUCAAUAAGAACAAUGCUUUUAAUAUUCCAAAUCCUCAAAUAAAUAUUAGUCCUCCUCCACCUCCACUACGAAAUGCACCGCCUCCGCCUCCGCUUCCAAAUGUGCCUCCUCCACCUCCACUAUGAAAUGCACCUUCUCCGCCUCCACUUCCAAAUGUGCCUCCUCCACCUCCACUCCCAAAUGUACCUUCACCUCCAAUACGAAAUGCACCUCCUCCGCCUCCUCUUCCAAACCAAAAAGCACCUCCGCCUCCUCCACUUCCAAGCACUCAAGCAAGCUUUCCCAAUAUCCCUCAACCUCCAUCAAGGACUCCUCCAACCCCACCUCCCCCUCAUCUUCCAAGCACACAAAUCCCUCCACCUCCCCCUCCUCUUCCUACCCAAAAAUCAGUCCCUUCACCCCCAGCUCUUCCAAAUUCCUCUAUUCCUCCACCUCCAAAUUCCCGAGCCCCUCCCCCUCCUCCGCCUCCUGGCCAAUUUCCUUCUCCAUCUCCUACAAAGCCAAACAUGGCUACCUUACAAGUCCCCCAAAUAGCACCCCCUCCGGAUAUUGCAACCAAAAAAAUUCACUGAGACGUAAUCCCAAAAUACAAGCUAAAAUCUACCAUCUGAGGCCAAGCCCCAGCCACGCUUGAAAUUCCUAUUGAUUUUUCUAAGCUAGCCUGUGUGUUUGGAGAACAGAAAAAAGAAAACGCUGAUGUAAAAGCCCCAUCAAAGCAAGUUACCUAUAUAACCAGCAUGAAAAAAGCUAAUAACACAGGUAUUGUGAUAUCAAAUUAUCCUUUAUCAAUAGAGCAAACAAAAGUUAUGGUAAAUUCUAUGAAUGAGUAUAUGACAAGUCCAGAACAAAUAGGGAAAUUAAUAAAAUUGGUGCCGACUGAUGAAGAAAUGGACCAGCUAAAAGAAUAUAAAGGACCUUUAGAAAAUCUUGUCCAAGCGGAGAGAUUUUUGCUAGAACUUUGGGUAGGAAUGCCGAUUUUUCAAGGAAGAAUUGAAUGCUUGUAUUUUAAGCUGAAUUUUACUGUGGAUUUUCCUGAGGUGUAUAGCCAGCUUGCAUCAAUAAAACAGGCGAUAGAGACUAUUAAGAAUUCUAAAAAUUUCCAAACAAUGAUAUAUGCCAUUUUGAAAAUUGGGAAUUUUUUAAAUUAUGGGACUAAUAAAGGGAAUGCACAAGGGUUUUCAUUGAAUAUUUUGCAUCAGCUAGAAAAUCUGAGGGGUUUUGACGGCAAAAAAACUCCGCUUUUGGAAUUUGUGAUACAAACUGUAAUGGCUUCUAAUCGGUCCGUGCUGAAUUUUAUUACAGAAUUUGAGCCCUGUCAAUAUUGCAGCAAAUUUGAUAUGGCAGAUCUUGAUAUAACGAUUCCCCAUAAUUUCUCUCAUAUUUUCCAUAUAAAUAUGCUUAAAUUAUUAUUUUUUCUUCAAUUUUCUCAGACAAUAUAAGAAAAAAGACAUAUAAAAUUAGCUGAAUUUGAAAAAGGGUUCAAUUUAGCAGGAAAAUACAUAAAACAAGCCUCAUCAAUAAACUCUAACGAUCUUAAAACUUUUAUCAUCAAAAUGACAAGAUUUGUCGAAGAAUCAUCCCCUAGGCUUCAAGAUUUUAAAGGAAAAUUAAUAGAAGUCAAAAAAUCAUUAGAAGAAGCCAUAGAAUUUUAUGGGGAAACCAAAGGCAUGAAAAGCAAAGAAUUUUUUGAAAAAUUUUGAAAUUUUGCCCAGUCAUGUAAAAAGUCAAUUGAAAAUAUGAGCAAAGCUGAAGGGAAAACAGAGCUGGAGAAAUUGAAAAAAACCAGCAAAAAGAGAGAAGACGAAGAAGGAACAGUUCAGAAGCCGAGGCACUCUCAAAGAUCUACGAUUUCUAAAAAAUCGUUUAGACUUAGCACAAGAUAUAGGCAGCAAGGCUUGAUUAGCUUGUAA